UUCUUUGGAUUGCACUGACUGAGUUAACAAAGCAACAAACGAUUUUCCUCUUGUUUUUCGUUUUAGAGUACAGACCAAAGGAAAAGUAAACAGGCACAAUGGGCACAACGGACUCUCGGGUCGCCGGGCAGAUGGAGCUGGCUUUAGCCAACUUCCUCAACAACGUCCUCCCGUCACAGUACUUUGACGUGGCCAUUGACGAGUCCCUGCUUCGGUACUCUGGGACCAACUCUACGGAUAGCCUGAUGGAGUACUAUGGAGACCUACAGCUGGAGGUGAAGGGCCUUGAAGGUCCAUUUUACAACACACUGGCUAAGUCCCUCAGGGGGUCCAGCGAGGUGGCAAACGCAGCAGGUCUGGGUGCAUUGGUAAUCGCCAUGAUCCUGCAGGUUGUCUUCGCUGCUGUAAAGGUCUUGCCGGGCAGCAACGUGGCGAGCCCGAUGGACAUAUCGCCGUGCGUGCUUGCUGAUGAGAAGACCUCUGGUGUCCUGGACCCGAUUCAGGAGUACCUGAAACGUCAAAAAAGGUUUUUCGAUGACGACCGCCAACUGCUCUUGGACUCAGAGUGGUUUGAAAGGCAGCUCAGCUUGCAGCUAACAGUAUUGCGCAACUCCAUGCUCGUGCAUAAACAGAUGAGUUCCUGCGCGGUGAAGCACUGGGUGAAUGGCGCGGCCUUCCACACACAGAGGAUGCUCCUCCAUACUGCCAGGCUCAGGAAAAAAAUUGGACCGGGGACUGACGGCUUUGAGAAUGCCAAAAUAGCUGCGGGCAAUGCAGCAGACAGCUAUCACCGGGACAUGGUAGAAAUACUAAAGCAAUACAGGGAGUACAUGAAGCCAACUUUCGCAUCAGAUUUAUACCAGCACUGCCUUCAUUUUGGCUACUGUCCUGGAUUCUGUGCUUUCAGUACUGAUAAACGAAACGUUCUUAAGCCUAAACAUCGUUUUACUACGGUAGAUGAACUUUUGAACUAUAUUGCUUCACACCAUCAGAAAUUUAAAGAAGUUCAAAACUACUUUUCCAACCUGCAGACGAAUCUUAAUGUUUUGGCCAACCAAGAAGGAGUCUUCAAAGCAGUUUAGAUAACUUGUCACAAUGUGUAUCGUAUAAUGUACUGUAGUACUCGGCCUUGAGGAGUUAAAAUCCAAAUUACGUAUAGCUGACAUAUAGCAUGGUAUUUGCUAUGAUCCUUUGUAGAAGCAAUGUAAUAAAAUUGGUG